CUACAGUCGGCUUCGUUAGGCGUACUGCUCGAACACACCCAAUGAUAAUUCUCUUCACUGCUCUGUGUUGCUGCUGUCGGGAAACUGGGUGUGUGAUCCGGAGUGGCUGAUGGAAUUGCUUGCUGUCUUUGCAUUGGCUGACCGCACAGCAGCACUGCUCCGUGUAUUUUUAGCCAUCGAUGCAAUUCAUAUUGCGGUGCGAGCGAGGCGACUCGGUCCACAGUCCCAGUAGGCUACACGGGAGUUACAGGGGGUAGCUGCAAGUGCAGUGCUUGGGGUUUGAUACAUAGACCGAAGGAGAGUGGGGGAGACUGGCUACACAGCAAGUCAAGUAAAAAUAAAUAAACGGCAUUAUCGGGUUUUCACGGUCAGGUGCUGAGGCUGUAGCCUGAGGAUUUCCAAUAGCCUACAUUUGUAGAUUUAUUGUUGGUCUAUUUUAAUACUGAGCAGCUUUGCAAAUGGCAAGUCCCGCUGCAGAUAGAGGACAACCACACCAGCGACAUCCCCUCUCCGAAUCGGCCUCGGAGCCCGCGUUUCUAGAAGCGCAGAAAUGGAUUGAGGCGGUCACAGGCAGAUGCUUCAAUGACAAGGACUUCAGGGGAGGCCUGGAGAAUGGGAUCCUGCUGUGCGAGUUGCUGAGCUCCAUCAAACCUGGCUUGGUGAAGAAGAUCAACAGAUUACCCACUCCCAUCGCUGGCCUGGACAACCUGAGUGUGUUCCUGCGUGGCUGUGAGGAGCUGGGACUGAAGGGCUCUCAGCUGUUUGACCCUGGGGACCUGCAGGAUAUCUCCACACGCCCCAACGCCAACAGGGUUGCCGACUGCAGUAGGAAACUCAAGAAUGUUCUGAUUACCAUAUACUGGCUGGGCCGGGCUGCCAACAGCUGCACCUCCUACAACGGGCCCACACUGGACCUGAAGGAGUUUGAAGGCCUGCUAUCACAGAUGCGGAAGGAGGCGGAGGACACGGAGAGCCCCCAACGCAGCAUACGGGACAGCGGCUACAUCGACUGCUGGGACUCGGAGCGUAGCGACUCACUCUCCCCGCCUCGCCACGGCCGAGAGGACUCCUUCGACAGCCUGGACUCAUUCGGCUCACGCUCCAGACAGACGCCCUCGCCGGACGUAGUGGUCGCCCGCGGCAUUGGCAGUGAUGGCCGUGGCAGCGACUCAGAGUCCGACGCCGGACCUCACGGGGGCAGGAAGCUGCCAGACGUGCGCAAGGAUGACAUGCUGGCUCGGCGGACCUCGGUGAGCGAGCCCCGCGUGAUGGUGCCCUUCAAUCAGUACCUGCCCAACAAGAGCAACGCCAGUGGCUACGUGCCCACACCGCUGCGCAGGAAAAGGGGUGACCACGAGAGCCGGGAGGAGGGCAGUGGAGGGGGUGGAGGCAGCCGCAAGAGCUGGAGUACCGCCACCUCGCCCAUAGGAGGUGAUAUACCCUUCAGAUUCAGUCACAGAGCUGCUAGUGUAUCAGAUGACCCAGAGAGUGUGAGUAUGAUUGACAUGCGUUGUGAGGAGGACGCCAUCUUGCCACACCACAGCCAGGUGCGCCACGAGCUCAUGCACAACCAGUACAACAUGAUGAAGGAGGAAGAGGACCACUGGCAGGAUGACCUAGCCCGGUGGAAGAGUCGCAGGAGAAGCGUCUCCCAGGACCUGAUUAAGAAGGAGGAAGAGAGGAAGAUGAUGGAGAAGCUGAUGACUGGUGAGGGGGGGGCCAUCUCUCAGAGGAGGAAGAGCAUCAAAACCUACCGGGAGAUUGUUGAGGAGAAGGAGCGUCGUGAGAACGACCUCCGCGAGGCCUACCGGUUGGCCCGCACCCCUGAGGAGGCAGCGUUGGUCCUCCACCGCUACGCCCAGCGCUUCACCAUAAGUGAAGCGGUGUUGGAGCGCCUGCAACUGCCCAAACUGCUGGACAGGAGCAUCUCUGAGGAUCCCACCGCUACCACCAACACACGUCUCACCCUCACCCCCACUUCCUGUUCUCCCACCCCCACCUCCCCGGAAGAAGAUACAAAUGGCCCCCUGAAGUACCUGAGGCAGCAGUCGCUCCCGGCACCCAAGUUUACCGCUACUGUUGAGGCCCAGGUGGUGGGGUUCCCCCAGGGUUUGUCUCAUCGCCCCCAGAUUCGGUCGCGUAAGCCUGAACCAAACCCCUCGAUCCGGGCCGUCUCACCCAAGUCUGUACCUUUGCUGAUGCCCAAGCCUUACAAUCAACCCAAGGGCAUGCAGAUGCUGGUGGGACCCAGGCCAGGCAAGGUGGACGGCUUGCUGCGAGUGAACGGCGACAUGGGAAACGAUGAGGUCACCACUCCAGAGAGCGAGGGAAGGACCUCCCCUCUACGGUUCUACCCCUCCCCUGCCACACCUACAGCCUCCUCUGAUGGUUCUGACACACACCCAUGUGAGGCCACUCCCCCACCCACACAUAGCCUCUCCCCCAGGGCAAGCCCAUUACCAGCCAUGCCAGCUGUGGCACAGUGUGGCACAGGCACUGCAGUGACAUCAUCUUCAAUGCCAGGAGAAAGUGAUGCCCAGAAGAAGGAUAAUGCACAGGAGUCUACCCCGCCUAGCCGGCCCACCUCACUGCCCUCGGAGCUGCAGAGCACAGAGUGUCUUGUGGAGGCGGGAGGCAGGUCUGCUGCAGGCCCACUGGGGGAGGAGACCAAUACAACAGAGACUGCAGUACAGCCCUCUCCAGCUACAGAGUCACAACAAGCUCCCAAAGAACAAACAGAAGUGUGUAUGAAUGCCACAGCGACUAGACAGAACACCACUGUCCUCCGUCCAGUCCUAUCAGAGCACGCCACACAACAAGCUCAACCAAUGACCGCACCGGUCAGUGAGCCCAGCCUGGAAGCGUCUCAGAGAGCAGAUGAAGUUGCUACCUUGGCUGAUCCAGGACCUGUCAGAAACAAACCACCAUGUGAAGCUCCCACAACAGAGCUGGCUAACAGUGCCAGUUAUCCACCAGCAACCGGCAACCCUAGGUUAGGCCUACGUUGGGAGUUCUUCACCACGCCAGAGGGGGCAGAGCAGGAGCGUGGUACAGCAGCGGUCACGCAGGUGUCAUCCCCGGUAGUGGCCCAGGCUAAGCGGGGUGACCGCUGGUCUUGGGACCCAAAUGAGGAGCGAAAGCGUCAGGAAAGGUGGCAGCAAGAGCAGGAGCGCAUGCUUCAGGAGAAGUACCAGCAUGAGCAGGAGAAGCUGAAACAGGAGUGGGAGAGAGCGCAAAGAGAGGUGGAAGACGAGGAGAGGAGAUACCAUGAGGAGGAGCGAAGGAUACUAGAGGAGACUGUGGCCCCUCUGACCCCCCUCUCCUCCACCCUGCCCUCGCCCAUCCGGGGGGACACCCCCGCGCCUAUGGACCCCCAGGACACCAUCGUCCGGUCGCUGGCCGACUGGGAACGCAAGCAGGAGCUGCUGGAGAGACAGGGGGGGAACACCGAGAGAGUGGUAUGGAAAGGACAAGAUAACGACAGGAGUAGUGACAUCAGCACAGCGUCCAGAGAUGAGAGUCUGAAAACAGCAGUCAGCUCAAUCAGCCAGAACAGCAGUCAGGCAGACAAGCUGACACCGAGUUUGCAGAAUGGUCAGAGAGCACCACCCACCAUGGCCGUUCCCCAGCCACCCAACAAGAAACAAAAUACAGAGGUCUUACUAGACUGCACCAAACCCAGCCAGCAGGCGCCCUCUCGGGACAGGAGGUGUGGCUCCAUUGAAUCCAUGGGGCCCAGUCCAUCAAACUCACCCACCACAUGCCCAUCCGACAUGCCUCAAUCUCCAAACAGGUCGGUGAGCGGUAAGAAGCUGUGCUCCAGUUGCAGUCACCCUUUGGGAAAAGGGGCAGCCAUGAUUAUUGAGACCCUCAGCCUUUACUUCCACAUCCAGUGCUUUAAGUGUGGGGUCUGUAAGGGACAGCUGGGUGACACCACCACGGGGACAGACGUGAGGAUCCGGAACGGCCUCCUCAACUGCCACCAGUGCUACAUCCGCUCCCGCUCAGCCGGCCAGCCAACCACAUUGUGACAACGUUGGGUCAAUGGAAAGCACACAGAGAAAUUGUCUCCCUUCUUCCUACUUCUCCAUAUAAUCAACAUGUGUGGAAUGUGUCUUGUCUGUCAAUGCCUAUGUGGGGAUUUUCGCAAUGUCUGCAAAUCACAUCCUAUCGGGUUUAUUGAAAUGGUCCAUUUAAUGCCUGACAUUGGAAAGUUGUGUGUACAUAGAAUAUUAGUCCGACUGAUCAUAGUCAGCCUAUUGAUUCUAUUGGCUCUGUAUGAUCACAGCUCAGAGGUUCUCACUUCCUCGUAUCCAUAUGCACCCACAAGCUCUCUAGAGGAUGGUGGACAUUUUGAAUCUGAGUUCUGAUACUGUAAAUAUGGUGUAUACAGUAUAACAGCCUCCUCCACUUCAAAACAGUAUAGGAAACUCAUAAACACUAAUGCAAUGAAGUCCAACCAACAAAUUUGGCACUUAGACAAAAUAUUUGUUUGUAAAGUAUACCCUUUAUUUGAAUUGAAUUAUUCUCUGGUAUCCAGGUUGUUAGAUAGGCCUUAUUAGUCUCUAAUUUGGUUGCUAGAGAAGGUUGUCAUGAUUUCCAAUAAAAGUUUCAAGUAAUAGAAGUGUAUUCCAUUUUGCCAAUUUGAGAUCUGUAGGAGUUUUUCUCGGUGGUCAACUAAAGGCUUAGAAAAGCCUGCUUUGUUCCUCCCGAUUUUCACUUAAACCACAAUUAACCCAAACUCUGGUUUAAAUUCUGAAAACGAAAUCGUUUAGCUAACUAUCUUCUUUCCAGGCAGCUCCAACACUGUCUUAUCGUUUAUUUCUUGCGUAUUGCUUUAGUAGCCUACUGGAUACAAAAAAAUACUGUGCUGUCACUAGGCUAUAGGCCUACAUACAUUACAGUAACUUUGCACGUCGGCCUGACAACGUUAUCCUUUUCUCUCUUUCUUUGCUCAAAAAAAAUGUCCGCUCACAAAGUUAGAUGUACUUGAUUUUAAAGCAAUAACGCGAACUGAUGCAUGUAAACUGAUUGUGGAGGUAAACAACCGUCAUGGAUUCAUGCUACUGUACUAAACCAUUCCGUAAACUCUUAACCGGUUCUCUUUAGGAAUUUCAGGCUUGGAAUGUCAUGAAACGUGCCUUAGGUAAACAGGUGAUUGCACACUCAAGGGAAGGGAACCCAAAGAUGGUGUCUACUUAAAGGAAAACUCCACCCAAAAACUGUCUUUUGGUAUUUAUUUCAUUAGUCCAUUGAUGAUAUAGUCUCAACUUGAUUAUUGACAAAAAAAACAUGAUCAAGAAUAUCACUUAAAAUACAGAAAUCAGCAAUAGGCAUCGUAUAGGGAUUAUUUCUGUAUUGUGUAUGUUACAUGUCUUUUAAAACUUAUUUGCUAACAAGCAAAACAUUUUGAGACUAUAUCAACAAUAGACUAAUGAAACAAAUGCCAAAGUUUCGUUUUUGGGUGGAGUUUUCCUUUAAGUGUGAUAGGGUAGGAUGGGAGAUUUUUGUCCAAAAUGCAGGAGAAACUGCAGAGAGCUUAAAAUCACCCCACCAAUUUGUUUUGUUGAUAUUCCCCUUUAUUUUUUUACUCAUGUCACAGUUUACCAAACCUUGUUUUUUCAUGAUUUGCAGUGUCUUUCCAGUUUCUAAACAGAAUCUAAAAUAUAUCUAGGAUAUAUGGUUGACAUAUUUAAUAGCAGCCUUUCCCAACAAAAAAUAGGAUGACCAUUGAUUUUUGUAUUUUGUGUAUCUGAAUGUUUUGACAUUAUAAUAACUCUAUAUAGGCCUCUCUAUGCCCUGUUGACAGUGAUGACGAUUUUGGUCAGCAAUAGAAACCCAUUUUCAACAACAAAAAUAUAAAUUAAGCAUACUUGUUGCGUUGUGAAAUUAUGGCUAAAAUGUUCUUACCACCAGGUGCACUUGAUUAACAUUUGGCUGCUAAAGACCAGUGCCAGCAGUUUGAACGUCAAUUGUGAAAUUAUAGGUUACUAUGGAGCAAUUUCAGUGCCAACAGAUAUUGUAUUUGAAUUUCAUAAUUUCGAAUUUAUAUUAGGAUUUUGAAUUUGAUUGUAAUACUUUUGAAUUUGUAAUCGUUGAAUUCAGCUUUAGCUAAUUGGGCUAACAUAGUCUUGUGACAUGUAGGAGACCUUGUUCAAACCCACUCAGUCACAAGAGCAAGAUUUAAUAGGGAGUGGAAAGGCUAUCCUUAGAAGGGCUAUGACAGGACUAUUCAACUAUAUUCUUAUGUGGGCCAAAUUGUGUUUUUUGUGACACUCUUCUAACUCCGAUUGUUGUCAUCAUAGAAGGGAACAGAAGGCUCCAGAGUCUUUGCUUUCAGGAAUUGGGUCGUAAUAGCUCAUAGCCAAGACGGUUCAAAAGUUGGCGCUAAAUUAAUAGGAAGGAAAUAAAUUCAACAUGUCACAUUGGCUUCAGAAACUGCAUGAAGUUUAUGUUUUACAGAGUGAGCAUUUGAUUAUCUGUUCUCUACCUUCCUGGUUGGCAAAGUACCAGGAUGUUGUCUCAGGUUUUGAAUCUGAAUUUAGAGAGCUGAAGUUGAAUAAAUGAAACUUUGAUUAACUUGAAAUGAUGGUUUGUAAACUUGAUUCACAGACAAUGAAUGCAAUACUUACCAUAAGUUACAUUUAUGAAUUCAGCGAUUCAAUUCAUGCAUUACAAAUUCAAAAUAACGGAAUUCAAAUCAAAUGUCUGUUGGCACUGAAAUCGCUCCAUAGGUUACCGGUGGUGGAUAUAAUGUAUGUUCAAAUGCUAUCUUGAAAUAAAUCCAUAGCCUACUCUGUCAGACAUAUGAUCCAUUCUCAACUUGUAGCUUACAACUUUCCCUGUUUCGUCUGAGUUUAUUUUUCUGAUAUAGUCCUACCAUAUUUUUAGGCUUCAGGUCUGAUUGUCUUUUUACUUUUACUUAGGAAAUUAAUACAUCUCAGCUGAUACUCUGCAGGGGGGCGUCUUUGUGUCAGAAAUAUCGAUACCGUCUUAGCUGGAUGAAUAGUUUGGGAAUGAUACUUUACGUCUAAGUUCUGUAUUUAUUGUAAUAUUCACCUGAACAUUACCCGAAGAAAGAUAAAUGUGAUGUUCAAAUGCAUUGGCUUUAUAGCAUACUGUAUGUUUAUAAAUAAAAUGUAACAAAUGAAUGAA